GCUACCCAGGGGGAUGGGGUACGUAAUGUUAUGUGGAAAGAUGUGGAAAGGGGGUACAACUUUAGCGAAUCAUCCAUCUGAUUGCAUCGGGAUCUGCAACGCAGCUUCAACGGCUUACAAAGAUAGGCGAGGAAGCCGCACAGAUUCGUACUCGGGUAAUUCAUAUAAGAAAUAUACCGAUCUUAGUACAGUAAUGAAUAGAUGAAUGCUGAUGUCUUGGCAGGGGAAAAUUGUUCCCAGGGCCUUACAGAAUCCGAUUUAAAACGAGUUCUUAUUAGAGUACCUAGGUAGGUCCACCUUCGUACGUUUGUUGUUGGUCAUUGUUCUGAUGAAAGAUCAAGUUUGACUAAUAGUACCUGGCUCACUAGGAAAUUCGGGAACCUUUAAUAGCUCUUGAAGUUCUCUCUUCGAUAUUUCCAUAUCUGCAUUCUCUUACCACGCUCUUUACAUCACUCUUUACAUCACUCUUUACAUUACUCUAUCUGGGCCGACAACAUUCGCUUGGAACAUAUUAGAAAAUGCGUACUGCUAUUCUGUUCGGCCUAUUGGCCGCAUCGGCAACUUCUUAUGCCUUGAAAUACACCGUCCCUGCAAGCCUUAAGGCUACAGCUGUGGACUGUGUUUAUCCGGCCAACUAUACAGUCACCAACUUCACCGUCUUCACAAACGCAGCCGACAGCGCAAAAAACGUCACCUCGUUCUAUUUUGCUGAUGCAGGCACUGGAAUCAACACUACGUGUAGUCACAAUUUGACUUCGAAACCGAGUUCUGUAGGCACGAACCGAUGGCCUUGCGACAACUCAAAUGUCUCGUUCAUUUACCAGACGACUGGAGUUGCUGGCUUGACCAUGGUUGAGGUGGCGUGUCCCGGCAGCACUCCCCAGUUCGAAGCCUCUGGACUUAUCACACCCAACCUCACCUGCACAAACUCAAGUUCGGCCUCAACGUGCGUGGCUAAGCAAUCUAUCUUGGGAGAGUUCGACAGUUUUGAACCUGCACCUCCGUCUUAGGCCGAGAGCCCGCAGCUUGGCCGAACGGGAUAGGGGUUAACUGAUGGAUUAUGUAGUAGUAUGGGUAUGAAAUAUGAUAUUGACUCUAUGGAUGGGAAUAUACUUAAUGAUAGAUGGCUAUGAUCUGCACUAGACGUUAUUAGAUCUACCAAGGAAAAGAGCGAUCGAUGGAUGGACUACCUUAACAUCUAAUACAUACACACGCAUUAAUCAAUCAAUGUUCAAUCUAGAGAUUCUCACUAUUUUGCUAUUUCACAGGUUCCCCUAUAUCUGACUACCGCAUAACUACUGCUUAUUUGGGUGUCUCCAAGCAUGGAUGCAAGUACGGGAAUGAUGG